UGAGGUUGAUUCUGGUUAAACCCACCAAUGCGACAAGACGUCUUGACUCAACAGGUGAAGUCUUUCAAGAUGGAGAACAUCAACCUUGCGCUACAGGAGGUCCUGAGGAGAAACACCAUCCGUUCUCUGGAAGCCCAGGCAAGUCCUCCUCAUCUCCCCAGAAGAAGAGUAUCUGCUGUGCUUCAUCUUCCCUCCAUGAGAAAUCUAAUGGAAUCUGUCCUCCAAGAGGUUUGGCUCAGAGGUCACCUGAGAAAACCCAGAACCUCUCACUGUCACAGCUCAGUGACCAAGAUUGGCAGAUGCUUUGUGGCGAGGAUCUACGCUUAGCAGGAAGAACCGAAGAUGCUGUGGAAAAUUCAACUCAUAGGGAUAGAUGUGGCUGCCCCUGUCCGGAUGCUCUCCAACAGGCUGAAGUCUUAAGCUUACAGCCACAAUCAAAUAGAGAAAACAUCUCAAGACUGCGAAGUAAAAGAAGUGUUUCAUCACCUCAUACCCUGCCCUUCUCUGAAAGCAUCCACCCUUCCACCACUUGCCAGGUUUCAACACAACCACCAAAUAACAAAGAUCAUCGGAAACCUCCUACAUACCACACAAAGAACACCAUCGUGCCUCAGUGCUAUGAGCAAGAUUGUGAUAAAGAACAGCGUUGCAGAGCCAGAGACUGCAGCCGUUUAGCUCCGUCAGAGCUGUUCAACAUUCCUCUGAACUCAGCUCAGUGUGCCAUAGCGAAUAACAAACUUUCUGCAGUUGGUUCAGAUGUCAACUGGAGCGAGCUUUUUGGCAAAGAACCUCUUUUGGCGCAGCAGUACCAAAGGAGAGAAUCUCACUGCUCCCUAACUGGUGAUCAAACAUGGAAGCCAUCUGGAGAGUCAGCAUUUGCUCUCAAGUGUCGCCAUCUUCCUUACAACCGCCUGACCAGAAUGCCGUGGGGAAAGAGGUCAGUUACACCAGCCAGUCAGAGAAGUUUCAUGUCUUUCUCCACCAGCCAGUGUAGUUUGCUUGAAAACCAGGAUUUAACGGAGAGAACAAGAGAGCAAGAGGGUCAGGAAGCAUUUCCACAUCUCAUUGCAUCCAAACUAUCUCCUCCCAAACCAUUUCCUCCAUUUACCGAGACCCUAGAUAGUGACAAUGUCCAAAAUGGGGAUGCAGUGCGGCCACUCAGCAGCCUGGGUACUUUAAGCUCAAGUUUUGCAGAUUUUCCUUCAGACCAGCAGCAACUUCAGCUGCUUCACAGUGCCAUCCUAGACGACACCUUGUCCAAGACAACUGGAGAAGACUCUAGUAAGGCCACCAGAGAGAGCCUGAACAGGUCCGAGGGAAGCAAACCACAGAAGAAGACGAAGGACAUCAGCUAUCGGCUGGGUCAGAGGAGAGCCUUGUUUGGGAAGCGCAAACAGCUGAGCGACUACGCGCUGGUCUGUGGGAUGUUUGGUAUUAUUGCCAUGGUCAUUGAGACAGAGCUUUCGAGGGCUUUUUACACUAAGGAAUCCAUCUAUUCUUAUGUACUGAAAGGUUUGAUCAGCAUUUCAACCGCAAUUCUGCUUGGACUCAUUCUGAUGUACCAUGUGAGAGAAAUACAGCUCUUCAUGGUAGACAAUGGGGCAGAUGACUGGAGAAUAGCAAUGACCUUUGAGAGGAUCCUCUUAAUUGCGUUGGAGCUCCUAAUCUGUGCCAUCCAUCCAAUCCCAGGCCAGUAUGUGUUCACCUGGACGGCACGCCUGGCCUUCAGCUACACAUCAUCUGUGGCAGAUGCUGAUGUAGACAUCUUUCUUUCUGUGCCGAUGUUCCUGCGCCUCUACCUGAUCGGACGCGUCAUGCUGCUCCACAGCAAACUCUUCACAGACGCCUCCUCACGUAGCAUCGGGGCCCUCAAUAAGAUUAAUUUUGACACUCGUUUUGUCAUGAAGACUCUGAUGACCAUCUGUCCUGGGACUGUCCUCCUGGUCUUUAGUGUGUCCUGUUGGAUCAUUGCAGCAUGGACAGUCCGUGUAUGUGAGAGGUAUCAUGAUGCACAGGAAGUAACAAGCACUUUCUUAGGAGCAAUGUGGUUGAUCUCCAUCACUUUCCUGUCCAUUGGUUAUGGAGAUAUGGUCCCUCACACCUACUGUGGUAAAGGAGUUUGCCUGUUAACAGGAAUUAUGGGGGCAGGUUGCACAGCAUUGGUGGUGGCUGUGGUUGCAAGGAAGUCGGAGCUCACAAGAGCUGAAAAACAUGUGCAUAACUUUAUGAUGGAUACUCAACUUUACAAAAAGAUAAAAAACAUAGCUGCCAAUGUUUUAAGGGAGACUUGGCUCAUCUACAAAAACACAAAGCUGGUAAAGAAGAUCGACCACGCCCGCGUACGCCACCAUCAACGGAAGUUCCUUCAGGCCAUUCACCAACUGAGAAGACUCAAAAUGGAGCAAAGGAAACUAACUGACCAGGCAAAUACUGUGGCUGAUCUUGCAAAGACUCAGAACAUGAUGUACGAUCUGGUCUCAGACCUGCAACAUCGAACUGGGGAGCUGGACAAGAGGAUUGUUGCUCUGGAAGAGAAACUGGACUCCAUCCUUCAUGGAGUGCAGUCACUGCCAGUUGUGUUGUCUCAAGCAAUAGCAAAACUUCAAAAAGAUUUCCUGGACGACCUAGCCUGUCGCGUCCACUUCCUGUCAUCCUCUCUAAGUUCAGAGUGCUGUUCAACACAUCCCAAGCAGCUGUGUCCAGGAUCAAGCACACCAGAGACGCCAUACAGCUGAGAAGCCGCUUUGUUUUUGCCAUGUUUUAUAUAAAUUGGUUGGAAUUUCAACAAGUAAUAAUUUCACCUCAGAGUAAAAUAUUGAUGCUUAGACUUACACAUGUGUCUUUUGAGUCAUAUGCUCAGGAUUUUAUAGUAAGUGCAAUGUAAGAGAUUUCAUAUCUGCUUAAAAGAAAUUAUUUGGUCGAGAAAACAAAAUAGUUUCUUCACAAGUGCUUAAUUUUAAAAGGUCAACCGAGGGAGUCUUCUGCUCUUAUUAUUCAGCAGCUGGAAUUCCUCCAAUAAAUUAAGCUUCUUAGAGACUGUACUGCCCAUUUUCAAUAGAAUGAAAAAGU